AGAACAAAUUAUGUACUCUAUUCCAACAAUAUCAUAUCAGUACGACAAUGGAAUUCCCAACCGUUCAAAUGAUCACGAGAUCAUGAAAUCAAAACCGCCGGAGAAGAAGAAUUCUUCCGCCGCAAACAGAACCCAUAGCGAGGCCGAGAGGAGGCGAAGGAAACGCAUCAACGGUCACCUAUCCACUCUCCGUUCUCUCCUACCCAAUACCAUCAAACCGGAUAAAGCAACCCUAUUGGCGGAAGUAGUGCGAAGCAUAAGAGAGAUGAAAGAAAUUUCAGCCAAGAUAGAAAAUGUUCCUUCAGAGACAGACGAGUUAAAUCUAUGUUACUGUGGGAAUAAUAAUAGGUUGAUUAAGGCGGCGAUAAGUUGCGAUGAUCGGCCGGAGCUGAUGAGGGAGUUGGCGGGGGCGGUGAAGUCGGCGGAAGGGAGAGUGGUGAGGGCGGAGAUGGCUACGGUUGGAGAAAGGACGAAGAAUGUGCUGUGGGUGGAGUUGGGCGGCGGCGGCGGCGGAGGAGGAGGGGAAGAGAUGCUGCGACGGGCGUUGAGGGUUAAGUUUGGGUUGGACAGGGCGGCGCCGGUGCCGGAAGUGGUGGUGGUUUCUGGGGGACAACAGGUACUGUCACUGCCGGUUACAAAACUCACCUGUCUUUCUCAUCGUCGGUGAAAUCAGCCUUCUUUGCUGCCUCUGCACCCCCAAACUUAACUUUUGGCUUUUGCAAAUGGGGACCACAUAAUAUAUAAAUAUUUACAAAUAUAAUUUGUCUCAACUUUAAUUUUUAUGUAUUCUAUUUCUAUUUUGUAGGGUGGGAGUUGUAAGGAAAAAGAAUGUUAUUUAAGUUAUUUUUAUUUAAAUAAUUA